AUCACAAUUUUGACUAGCCAGUCCAGCAAAGAAAUGGUAAAGCAGCUGGAAAAGAAGUUAAAAGAUGUAGACCUUGUGAGUCUGCGAAAAAUACAAGUCAUUGAAGUUUUGAAGAGAGACUUUCUGGAGUCUGAGGAUGUGGAGCAGUGCUCGCCAGAAGAGCCCAGUAGCAGUGACAUUGCUAUCCUGGGAAUGGACAUUGAUGUGCAAACUGUAGAGGACACUGUCAUCAGCUUGGAGAUGCUGUUUAAAACGUGGCUACAUGACUAUGGCAUGGAGAGAGAACAGCUCCAUCUCCUCCUUCCAUCAGGAGGCCUCAGCCAUGCUGCUGCACCCAAGAGCACCCUGAUGUGCCUGAAGUGCGAUUUGCAGGAGAGACUGCUUGACCCAGCUCUGCUUUUGGGUGCUGAUGGCACCAUGAAAGUAGCAGAUCCAAAUUCACCCUGCCACAUGGCAGCCUGGCCAGGCACAGUGCUGCACAAACUCCGUGUGGUAAAGGCUCUGAAGUCUGAAGGGGUCUGUGAGUCUGUACUGUAUGGCCUGCCCUUCAUCAUCAAGCCCACAAGCUGCUGGCAGCUGGACUGGGAUGAACUGGAGACAAACCAGCACAGCUUCCAUGCUUUAUGUCAUAGUCUUCUGAAAAAGAACUGGAUGCUGUUGGCCAAACGUGAGCCCCAGAACACCAGUCCAAACUGGAACAUUGUGGUGCAUUCCUAUUACAUCAUCAUCCCUUCCGACUCUGCCACUCUACUUGUCAAAGCAGUUGCCAUCAGAGAGCUCCUGCUGCCAUCAGCCUUCCCAGCCCUCCUGCCUGAGCAUCCCGAGCGAAUCCUUGGCCCCAUAGAGAGUGCCUUGAACAGCUUGGAAGUGGAAGUUGCUUAUAACCCCUUGCACAUAAAAAGCAACCUCUACAAACACCUGAAAAGUUCAUUGUACAAACCUCUGCACCGACAGCAGGCCCAGCCCCGCGACCAGCGCCUGGAGCGGCACCAGCCCAAGCAGCCUCAGAGCAGAGCCAAAGCUGCGGUGGCACCUCUUCUGAUGGCUCCCUCUCCCCUCCAAGCGUUCAGACCAGCAGUGGUGAGGAGAGACUCCUGUGAGCGCUCUGCCCUUCCCAAGGAGUAUGAUGAGUUCCUGCAGUGA